AUGUUCCUCGCGCAGCCACAGCUGUCAUCCCCGGUCAUCGUUUCUUCUCUCUCUCUUCUUACCAUCUACAAUUUCUGUCAGUAUUUAUACUAUCAAACAACCAGGUCCAAGAAAAGCAGCGCGUGCAGACGCAUCUAUUUCGUUUUGGAUUUCGCGGUCGAUUUUUUCAAGGUUGAACUUUUCGUCCACAGCGCGUCCUACCCGCCAGAAGCGAUGUCAAAUGGCGAUACUAAGAGUUGCGUUAACUGUGAUUGUCAGCGGCGGAAGAGCGACCAAGAAGAUAAUCACAAGGUUAUUGGGAACGCUACGGUGAACGAUGCUGCAAACCUUCGAAUCUACGACCAUGGAUAUCAUCGACCUUCUGCCGUCUCCUCGAAAUCAUUCAUUCCUGACGGUGACACAAAACAUAUGUCCGUCAGGAACUGUUCACCUCCACCUGCAUUGACAGAAACCUCGCUGACAUUCGUUAUUACCAUGGAAAUCAUUCGAGCUCUGUCUGCCUCAGAUGAGGGGUUGGCUCGGCGAGGAGCCAUGAAAUCGUGCCAAGAAUCCGCGGCUGAACAAAAAAUCCGUUAA